CCUCUCUAACCUCUCUCGUGAGCUCCGGAGGCCUAGAUCGAACGACGUCUUCGUCACGACUUCAUCCUCUCCUGCGCGGCCUGUCCUGCGCACAACAACUCUCCUGACCGCUGUUUUGCUUGCUUCGUUCAUUUUGAUUUUCACUUCCUCGUAUCCCGCGAUUCCCGUUCUGCAGCUGCCUCGAACCACAUUGUCCAUGAGAGUGGCCAAUUAGGAGGAACCCAAGGGAACGAGAUCCGAGUCGCAUCUUUCUGCUGCAUCACACGACUGCCAGUCACAGAAUCAGCAUCGGCUACACACCCAUCCAUCAAUCCAUCCGCCACUCUAUCUGCAGGCGCACCCCCACGACCUCCCGCGUUAGCGUGCACGCCCUCUCUGCUCUCCCGCCUCUUCGCCGCCUGCUUCGGAAGCUGCAUGCAACCUACGGAUACAGCCUCGGCUGUGAAACGUGCCGUUGUCUGACGUGUCUCUUGCGUUAAUUUCUCUACUCGGGACUGCGUAUUAUCUCCACGCCGACCUGUGUUUGUGUAUCCGUGCCCCCGCGUGUGUGUUGGUGGAGUACUGUACCAAACGGAGCAGCCUGUUGUUUCUCCCAAUCGAACGGCAGCGUUCGACGGACCGUCGAUCCCGGCGCGGUUUCUCUCAGGUCCCACUGCGACGUGGAUCGUUUACUACGUUGGCCUUGGGCACUGAUUGUCGAGCUUCUCUCCCCAGCUUCAAGCGGCGACCAUGGCGCCUCGUCAGGGAGGCUACCUGCGCGUCCCCGGACAGGAGGAGCACUAUUCUCAGCAGAACCAACAGCAAUCGUCGCCCCGCCGCAGCCGCUCCGGCUCCGCUGGCCGGCGAAAGAAGCCGUUGCCAAGUGAGAAACCGCUCCCGGCCCUCCCCCCACUGACGUCCACCCACACGGCGGGCUUUGUCGACGUCGACCUCAGCGGCGGCAUCGCCAACACGCCCAGCAGCCGCCGGCGUGCCACCAUUGCCAUCGCCUUGGCCCUCGCCGUUGUGGGGUGCAUGCUCGCCUUCGUCGUCCUGGGCUUCGCCUGGGACGGCGGCAGCGUGCAGAGGGGUCCUGGCGUGCUCGGCAGCCUGAAGAAUCUGGACGACUGCCCCUGCAGGCCGGACGACAAUGUACCGCAGUACUUCCGGACGAGCCCCGAAUUGUGGGCUGGUCCGACAGCGACUGGGAAGCCUGCCUUCAUGGCGCAGACGAGGGUCCUGCCGACGGGGACGUAUGUGCCGAACCAGCCGUUGCAGACGGAUAUCCCGAUCGAGGGCAUGGGGAGUAAGAAUGAAAGCAUUUUCAACAUGAUGGGGUUCCUCACACCGUACCAGCCGAGUCCUGGGUUCGGGGUGGAUGAGUACGCCUUACCUCCUGGGGCAGAUAUUGUCCAAGUUCAGAUGCUUUCCCGGCAUGGCUCCAGGUAUCCAACCACCGGAUCUGGUGUUGCCAGUUUCGGAGAGCGCAUUGCCAAAGCUGGAAAGAAGCUCAAGGCGAAGGGAGUCUUGGAAUUCCUAAACAACUGGAAGUAUCAGCUAGGCCAUGAGAUCCUGGUACCCAAGGGACGCCAGGAACUGUUUGAUUCUGGCAUUCUGCACUCAUACAUGUACUCUUCCUUGUACAAUCCCAACAGCAAGAUCAUCGUGCGGACCACGACACAGGACCGAAUGCUGAAGUCGGCCGAAUAUUGGCUGGCUGGUUUCUUUGGUCUGGAGUGGACCAACAACGCCACCAUCGAGGUUAUCAUCGAACAAGACAGGGCCAACAAUUCGCUUGCUGGGUAUUUGAAUUGCCCCAACGCCCGCAAGCAUAACGGAGGCAACGAUGCUGCCAAGGUCUGGAUCUCGAACUAUCUGACUAACGCUACUGCUCGCCUGCGGGACAUGGCAGAUGGAUAUGACUGGACCAUCGACGACACCUAUGCGGCUCAGACCAUGUGCCCCUACGAGACUGUCGCCUACGGUUUCAGUCGGUUCUGCGAUCUGUUUACCUACGAGGAGUGGGUGGGAUUCUCGUACUCUAUUGACCUCAUGUUCGCCGGCAACAACGCCUUCCAGAACCCUACAGGUCGCGCCGUGGGUAUUGGAUACCAACAAGAAGUCAUCGCUCGCCUCCAGAACCACACUCUGGGCUACUCGGGGUCGCAGAUUAACGUCACACUGGACAACAACACUGUCACCUUCCCGCUGAACCAGAGCCUCUACUUCGACUUUUCCCACGACACGAACAUCGCCUCCAUCCUCACGGCCUUCGGGCUGAAGCAGUUUUCGCAGCUGCUCCAGCCAACCCAGUACCCGGGCCCGCACAACUUCACCGUCUCGCACAUCACGCCAUUCGGGGCGCGUCUCGACAUCGAAAUCAUCAAGACGCCCAAGCCGUUCAAGGCCGACCGGUCGGGCUACGAUGAGAAGGGCGGGGAGACCAAGUACGUCCACUUCAUCCUCAACCAGAGGACAGUGCCGCUUGGGUGGAGCUUCCCCGAGUGCGACGUCGAGAGGAAGGACGGGUGGUGCGAGUUUGAGACGUUCUUGCAGGUGCAGCAGGGAAUGCCCGAGUUGGCGGACUAUGACAAGGCGUGUCAUGGGGAUAUCGAGACGGUGCCGUAUGGGGUUGUGUACGAUGGCAGGCCCAUGUAAGAGGGGUUUCUCAUGGGGCAGGGACGGCGGUACGGCCGCUCAAAACAAUCCUUAGCAAUCGGUCACACAUUAUGGAGACUGGACGGAAGGUCGUAGUGUAAUAUACAGAA